AUGGGGCCGCGCGCGCUGGGGCGCUGCGUCCUGCUCGCGCUCGGCGCCCUGGUCUGGAGCCUCAGGCUGGCAGAGGCGACGGCGUCGAGUGAGGCCAAGCGCUCAGUGAGCCCGCUGGUGGCCACGCUGUGCUGGCAAGCAGAAGACUUUGUCGUUGUUCAGGAUUGUGCCCCAUGCACGAUCUUCCAAGCAAAGACGAUGCCCGAGUGCAGCACGACUGGCUUCAUCGAGCAAAUUAACUGUGCCGUGUCCAAGAAGGAGGAGUACAGGAGCUGCCGCUCAGUGGUGACGGAAGCACACAGCUUCUGGAAGUUCGAGGGGGCCAUGAUCUGUGUGGCUGUGGUCUUUGCCCUGUUGGUCAUGUGCCGCCAGAGGGUGCUGGACAGGAAGGCCCUGGAGAAAGUUCGCAAGCAGAUCGAGUCCAUUUAG